GCCUUCUGCUUGCUGAGCGACCUACGGGAUUGGUUUUAAAAAGAUCUGAUACGGACGGCGUUACCUGUUUCAGCAUAAACCUACGCGGCAAACCGCCUGCUUAGAGCACCAGGAUAGAGAAGCAAAGAGAAGCUUGCCUUUAAAAUGUAACUUAGAGGUCAAAUGCAAAAUUCUUUCCCAUUCACUAUAGUAAUUACUUGAACUGUUCUCUCUCCUAACAGUAUGGCAAGUUGCCCUCAUUGUAUCCUCAUUGCACCGCUUUACUGCCACUGACUGCAGGAGAAAAGUGAAUGAGACUCCGUGCAGUCUGAUGCUCCUUCAGAACUACGGAGCACUUCUGAUCCCAGAAGUACCUCUGGCACAAAUAGAGCACUGCUAAGGACAGUCCAGGCCUUGCUGGCAGUUUCCAAGAUGUGAACAGCACCUCGAAACUCCUGGGAUUUAAAACAGACAAAUUGCCCUUUUUCCAUUUGCUCCAGAGAGCUUAUACACAGUAUACACACCCCUGCUAUGCCCAACUCCGCAUGGUGACAACACUGUCUUUGUGCUUGGGAGUUUUUCUCAAUGACAAACCAAGCCAUAGAGCAGUGUCCAGUGAGAAGGAUCUUCUCACUGUGGCCCACAGCUCUGUAACUGCUCCAGAGAGCACUGCUGCAUUCAGUAGGAUUUUGCUUGUAUUUAUUUACCUCAGCACAUAAGUCAACAAACACUGCCCCCCAUCAGGGGCAACAGGCAUAUGAGUCAACAUUUGCAGAAUGCCAUUUUAUGCCUCUAUCAGGACAAUUGCACACAUUUAAGUUCUUGAUGCAUAUAAUACUAGCACUCAGACAUUUAACAAUUAAAAAAUAAAACCCAAAUAGGUACAUUAAAAAUAUUCUUCAAAUGAAGCUGAACAUGGUAACGUACAUUCUACAGUAAUGCCAAAGCUAAAAACAGUAGAGGGCAGGGUGUGCUGAAUCUUCCCUAAAGGACAAAAUGCCUUAAAAAAUUCAGAUUGGGUUAUCAGUGCCUGAAAAAUUACAUAUUUAAAAAGAACAGUAGGGUAAAUUAUAUAUAUAUAGUAGGAGAAGAAACUGCAUGUGUGAAUUUGGUCUGCACGUGCAAGUUUGUCAAAGGGGGACAGAUGCUUGGGUAGAUACUUCAGUAGCAGUCUCCAUUGGUUUCGAAAGAAACAAAGUCUUAUUUUUUAUCAUUGGAUGAAGUUCAGAUUUAUUUGAGUAAUUCUCUAAGUUAUUGGAUGAAUGCUUUUUUGUUUGAAGAAUGUAACCACAUCUCUCUGAACAAAGGACUAGCUUUGUGAUUUAUGCAUAACUCACUGAAACAUGAAAGUGAUGGAGUUUCAUUCUGAAGUUGCUGGAAAGCUUUCUUUUUCACUGCAGGGUCAUCCUUUGAUUAUUGAGUGUGCUACUUCUUAGCAUGAAAAUGAGGCCAAAAACAUGAAGAUGAAUCAAGAGUAGAAUUUCAAGUAACUAGUAACUAUAUGGGUACUAAUCUAUAUAAUGCCAGAAAAAUACAAAUGCUUUUUGUUUAUUCUCAGCCAAUUCAUACUGAUCCUUAUGGAAUUAAAACAUGCAUAUGACUAGAGUCAGGAUAAAGUCAUACAUCUUCACAACUCUAAAAAAGUCCUCUGUCCAUACAUACUUACUGAAAAAAAUAGAGUUCUUAGGAGGAGGAAGUGGGUUGACACAUAAUAUAUGUUUUGUAUAAGUUUUGACUUCACAAGAAUCUUCGGAUUAUUCUUAACUUUUCACUCCAUUGUCAUUCCAGGAAAUACUGCAGAAAUCAAAUGUUUCUUGAGUAGAACCCAACAGAAAUAAUACUCUUUAUUUCCUUUACUAUUGCUUCAGAAAUAGCCAAGUAGCAGUCUACCUCUCUAAUUUUUGUCAAAAAAUUGCAAAUUUAAUCAUAAUAGCCAUGUAAUCUUAUGCUAAUCUUAUGCCCUGUGUGAAGUACAGCAAGAAUUACAGAUGGGAGACAUCAAGCUGACUGGGAAUCAUUGUAGCUUUUCCUACUUGUCAUGACUGCCUGAAAAUCUACAUUAGUAGUAUUUCCACUCAAUCAUGGCAUAUUAAUACUUGGAAACAGGAAUGAAAUAAGAAAAUUGCUUAGAAAACAUCAGAAAUAGCAUAGCAAAUGGUAAUUUCACAUCUUUUUUGGAAAAUACUGACUUUCUGUAAGUGAAAGUUUCUCUUGCUUCACCAAAAAUUGAACCAGACCUUAAAAAGUGAUGACAGGAAACAGCUAUUAAUCUUAGAUAGAUUGAAAAGAGUAUUUGACUUUUUUAAAAAUGCAUUAUUUACUCUGGUAACCUGGUUAAACUCAAGUCUAGUUAAUAUCCAUUCCUCUGAUUAUACCAACUAGAAGGUGCGUAUUUUGUUUUGUAUGUUAUAGAGCAUUGCAUGCUACUGCUUCCUCAGGCAAUUGCUUUGUUCACUCCAGAUACAGUUCCAUUUAGAUAACAACUGUAUCUGCAAAAUAGUUUCUGCAUAGAUAUUUGAGAAACAAAGAAUUUUCUUCUGCAUAGAAGUUGCUGGUAGAGUUUGCACUAAUAUGUAAAAAGCUGAAAAGUACUUUGAAAUCUUGAGUUACUAUAGUAUCACUAUUGUAACCUAAAGGUAAUAAAAGCAAAAAAGAAUUUUCCAGAACUUCUGGCUGUGAUGAAAGUGAUGACAGGAUGUACUAUGUGAAAGGCUGGCAAGAAUUACAGCAGAGUGCUUACUUGGAGAGCUGAGCAAGCUUAUGAAAGCACUUAGCGUAGGAUGCUGAUUUACUAUCAAAAUAUUCUGAAUAUUUUACUUUUAUGGUAGUAAGUAUUGAAAAUAUGCAAACUGCAUAUUGUUAAAGCUUAUACGUAAGUGCACACACACACACAUGUCUCACUACUGCAUCAUUCUUGUUUGUGAAGUAAAAUGAAUUGAUAGCUUAGUCUUCCAGCAAAAAGGUAUUUCUGUUUCCUACUGUGAAACCAGCUGAUUAAUUACAGCUACUGCUGUACUUUAUAAAGACCAGUACCUUUCCAGAGUACAAAGAGCCUGAAAAAUGUAAGCCAGUCUGUCCUAAGUGUAUUGGAAAGCAUUCAGAAUCUCAUUGCAUCCUUGGCACAAUCUCUUAGCAAAACGGCACAUCUGUGAAUUUGCAGCUAAGAAUGCAUCAAAGACAAAUGCUGAGAUGCCUCUAGCUUGGCCUUGAGGCACUGGGAACUCUGACAUGGCCUAAAGCAAACUGGCAUGAAAUUCAAAUGCUGCCUUUCUGAAUAUAUCCUUUCAUUUAAUUCUAAUUGCAGUGCUAGAUGCAACCAAUAAGAGCAACGUUUCCCUCCCAUCUCCCCAAAUUCAACAGACUGAUACUUAUUUGUAAUUGUUCCAAUUUUUUUUUUCAGACUAAAAAAACCCCAACUUUUGAACUAUUUGAUCAGAACAGAAAUAAGACAUUGUACAGCAUUCAAUACUGUCUUGUCAGAGCAGUCUGAAGAAUUUUAUAGACAUCUAAGCAGUUUUUCAUUGUACUUUGUCCUUUAGGGUUUCUCCAUCUUUUAUCUACAUCUAGAUGUUAGCCCUUGCCUUUGUGUCAUAUUGUCAUUCAGUAUGUUUUGUUUUUCAUUACCUUUUCAUUUAUGAUGAGACAAAUGGUAGUUUUUCUUUAAGUCAUGCUGAAGCCAGUGGCACUAGUUGCAUUAAAAAAGCAAAUAUCCUUUUAAUCUUCUGAAUCAUUACUUUUCAGUAGGGCAUGGUAUUAUUCAUUGUACUUAGGAGAGAAAUAUUUCUAAACAUCUUGAAACAUGCCAGUGAAACUAAGUGUAAGACCUGUAUGACAUAUGAGAAAAGUAAGAGCAGUUAAAGAAUAAUAAUUGGAGAAUGAGAAAAUAGGAAAUGAAACGCAGGAGAGGAGAUGAUAGCGUCCCUCAAGACUCAAACACAACAUGACAUUUCUUUCCUUGCUGGAGUUAGUUCUAACAGAUAAAACCUCAAGUCUUUUAUCUUUCUUUUGGGUCUUGCAGUAUCAGUUAGUUCUGUCCUAGGAUUUUAUUGUUCUUUUUUGCUUGUUUUAAUUUCUACAUGGAUAGGUAUGUCCUGAUUUCUUUCUGUGUUUUAUAAAAAGCUCUGAAAAAUUCAGAAGCAACUUUUAAGUACAUUAUACAACUGACUGCUGUAUUUGGCCACAUAUUCCUACUUUUACAAGCAUAUAUAAGCAUUUAGAACACUUCUGAAUAAUUAUAGUCUCUGAAAAAAGAAUUUCCGUUGAGCUGAGAGUUCUACUGAAUAAUUCUUUCCUUGGUCUUUGUCUACAGUCUGCAUUCCACAGUAGUUUGCUUACAACAAGGAGUUACAUAGGUCUCUUAAAAGGUCAAAGAGCAAUACCGAUACUUUCUCAAAAGCAUCAUGUUGAUGCUAUUCACUUUUUUUUCAGGGCUUCUUACCAGACUGCAGUCUUCAGCUCCAACAGUACGAACUUUAUUAUCAUCAAAUUCUUUUUCUCAAAACAUUCCAAGCUGUUUGUGGAAAUUGGGCCGACUUAAUCAUGUAGCAAUUGCAGUGCCUGAUCUGGAGAAAGCUCAGUCAUUGUAUAAAGAUGUGCUAGGAGCACGGGUGAGCGAGACUGUUGCUCUUCCUGAACAUGGGGUCUACACUGUUUUUGUGGAGCUGGGAAAUACAAAGCUGGAACUUCUACACCCUUUAGGAGAGAAAAGUCCCAUUGCAAGCUUUCUGCAAAAGAAUAAGACUGGAGGAAUGCAUCAUAUCUGCAUUGAGGUUGAUGACAUAAAAGCAGCAAUGGCAGAACUGAAGAAAAAAAAGAUUCGAAUAUUGAGUGAAGAGCCAAAAAUAGGUGCACAUGGUAAACCUGUGAUUUUUCUUCACCCUAAAGAUUGCCAUGGAGUCCUUGUGGAACUUGAGCAAGCCUGAGUUGCAAUAUUCAUAAAUAAGACAAUAAAUGAGUUGCGAAGUUACUGAGCUGGUGCUGAGAAUACUGAUGUGCUUUUCAAUCUUUAAAAUUCACUGUAGUUCCUGUGGAUUAAGUACAGCUUUUGAGCAAUAAGAUAGUGCUGCAGAUUUCUUUGUUCCGCAUUUGAUUUUCACAAUCAAUGUGUUGACAUUUCUUCAAUUCACUGUGAUUCUCAAGAUGUAUACCUAAGCCAAGUUGCAUUUAUAACAGUAAUUUUGUUCUGUUGCCUCAUGUUCUUGCCGCAUGGCUUUACUUCUGUAACCACAGAAACUGUACAGUUUCUAGGUCAUCCCACAUUAUUUUGUUCUACAUUUUAAAGCAGAGACCCAAUUCUCAGUGACAACAGUAAAAGCUUAGAUAGUCUCUUUAAAAAUAAAGGGAAAAGGAACAUCGUACUUUCUGUUUUCACCAUUCACUGUCUAUGCUUCAUACCGAUUGAGUGGUUCAUGCAAUAAAUAAAUCCAUAUGUUACUGUAUGGUUAUCUGCAAUCAUUAAAUACCUUUUCCUUGGCAUAACAAUUACUAGUGAGGAAGUUACAAGUAUAAAUCAUCAUGUUGUUGUUUAUGAAUUCUGCAUAUGCAGGCAAUGGGAAGAAAAAUGUCUGAAAAAUUACUUGGCUGAGAUAUAUUUCAGACUUUAAGAUUUUUGUUUUUGUCAGGUAGUGAAUAUUUGUUUUCAGAUUUUAUCCAUAGGAAAAUCUCUGAGACACCUGUACAAAUAGUGGGAAAUCACUUGCUUUAUAAAUAUUGUUUUCUAAUGCAAAAGUGCUUACAAAAUCACUGGAAAGCAUAAGAAACAUAAGUCUUGGUUGUGUACAGUCUCCUCAUAUCAGAGAGCAUGCCAGUGUACUUAGUUUCUCAUAGACUGCAGUCACAGUUUGUUGACUUAUUCAUGGCCAGGCUUCACUUUAUUUGUGCAUGUUAAGCAAGCAGUGUUUGUCCUGAUACUUUUCUAAGUUUGUUUUGAUAUCAGCUGUAGAAAUUGAAUGCUUUCUGUUUUUCUCAAUAUUUUUCCCAAUGCUUAGAAAUAAUAUUUUUACUAGCUAAACCACAACCUGGAUUUUUUGUUUUCCUACAUCCCUGCCCAUACUCCACCUUGAUCUAAAAUAAAUUCAUUUUAUUCUAGGAUAAAAAAAAACUCUGGUUUUAUCAUGUUUAUUCUGCAAUUAAUCUACCUGAAUUAAAAAAAAAAAUAAUAUAUCAGUUUGGAUUUGUGUUCAUUGUUACCAUCUUUACCCAGUUUAUAAUAAGUUUUGGAAUAACUUCUUCUGUUUUGAAGCCGCAGUUGCAGCAUUUAAAACAGUUGUGAGACUGACAAUUUGGAAAGCUGUGAAUGAAUGACACCACUGCUCACCACUUCCUGAACGCAUAUAUUUCUUAAUGCACAUGCAAAAGUAUUGCUGUAUUGUUUUAAGGACAGUCCUUGGAUUUGGAGUUGUGCUUUGACAGAUUAAUGGAAAUUGGUGUGAUCAAGAAAGUCUCACCGGAAAAUAGUGGAACGUGGGGAUGUUGAGAUACUAACAGAAAGUGCUCAGUUGAUUCUCUCCUUAUUAGAAAUCCUUCCUCUAGUGAUAUGGUCUUGGGUUUGUUGGACUCAAGAACCCAAAGUUAGGAGUAAAAGGUAAGAGUUAAUUGUUUUAGUAAAUACUCAUUUGUUUUAUCACUGUAUUUGUCCUUUUGGUGAAAUUAUUAGACUGUGAAGCAGAAGCAAAUUCCUAACGCUUCUCAUGUUGUUACUGAGCUGCAGUAGAAAUAGUAAAUUAACCGAUAGUUUACAUCACGGAAUGUUGAAUCAUGUACAAUUAAUAUAGAAAUGGAAACUAAUGAAGGAGUUACUUAUAACUUACAAACUUAUAAAGGAAUUGGCCAACAUUUUAAAAUGGAAGAUCUCACCUUCUUGGAAACACAAAUUCUACCUUUGAUAAACAUUUUCAAAGCAGUUUGAAUGUUUUAUGAAAUGUAAAUUUAUUUUAUUGUGAAUGAGGAAUGUUUGCCUCCUAAAAUUGUAUAAUCCUUUAGUAUCUAUAACAUUAUGCUAUUCCUGGUGUUUCAUGUUCAUUUGCACUGUCUUCCACAUUUUUUAAGAGCACUGUUAACUGCUAAAUAUAUAGCACAGACUCUCAAGUUAGGAAGAGUUCUUCCAAACAUUUUAAGUAGAUAUAUUUUGAAUCACUUUGUGACAUUUCUAGAUAUAAUGUAAAGUGAUCUUUAACUGUUAUGCUUUGUUACCAUGAAAGUAGUACAUAGGUACUAAAAUAUUCCAUAAAAUGUUUAAUGAGCCUUUUUACUCACUUUUACAUUGCAUUUUUUCCCAGUAAUAAAGAUAAGUCUAAGUCAUGAUUUAAAGGAAACAAAAAGUUCUAAAGUAACAAGUAACUGUGAGUACUCUGAAGGCAUAAGAGACCAGACACAGUUUGCAUUAAAUGGGAAAGAAAAUCUCACUUCUGCAUCAGUGGCUGGUUUAUGUGGAAAAGAUUAUUUUCAGAAAUUGAAGGUUAGCAAAGAAGUAAAUUACUGGACUGAUAUUAUGCACUUUAUUUUUGCCUUCCAUUUUGGUAUGUUAAAUUUAUAAUAACCAUCUGUCUGAGUCACUAUCUCUAAAAUGAGGUGAAGGGAGAUUGUUUGUUAGGAACUUAAAUUUAAGAAUUUAAAAAAUGUAUCUUACUUCCUUUUGGACCAGCUGUACCACAAUACUUGCGACUGCAGCAGCUUUAUGAAGAAAACACCUGGCUGCCCUAUCCGACUGGGAGUACUGCUUUUGAUGUAUUGUUUGGGAAAGUGAAAAGUUAACUAUGUAUAUGAAGCUUAUUUCAUUAAGUUAACAAUUUUGAGAAUUUAUCGUGUUAAUUAAAACAUGAUCUUUCAGAUGUCUGCAUUACUCAUCUAAGGAUCAUACGUAACUUCCUGUAAUUUUAUGUAAAACACAUAUGCAUUACAGUUUAUGUAAUA